AUGUCCCAAGUAUAUCUCAUUACAGGCGCAUCUACCGGCUUCGGCGCCCUGGCAGCUCGAGCCAUUGCCAAAAGAGGCCAUACCGUCUUUGCAGGCAUGUACUCGCACAGCGGAAACACCAAAGAGUACGAAGAUGCCAUAUCGAAAUACGCCAAAGAACACAAGGUGGACCUCCGGCCUGUCCCCCUCGAUCUCCUAUCGCAAGACUCCGUCAAUGCCGCCGUGAAUAGCGUCGUUGGAUCGGCCGGGCGGAUCGACGCCGUGGUCCACAAUGCCGGCCACAUGAGCUGGGGUCCUACCGAGAGCUUUAGUGCAAAGCAGCUGCUUCAGCUCUACGACGUCAACGUGGUUGGUUGCCAGAGACUCAACCAGGCGGCGCUACCGCAUAUGCGAAAAGCACGAUCUGGACACCUGAUCUGGGUCUGCAGUAGCUCGACAUAUGGUGGAAAGUCUCCCAUGAUUGGGCCUUAUUUCGCCGCCAAGGCCGCGCAGGAUGCUCUUGCGCAGUCUUAUGCCCAUGAGGUGUCGCUCUGGGGAAUCGAGUCGACGUUAGUAUCACCGGGAGUAUUCACAAAGGGCACCGACCAUUUCAAGGACGCUGCAAGCCCUGCAUAUCCCGAUAUCGCGGCGGAGUACGAGGCUGGUCCUACCAAGGGCCUUGGCGAGCAGACAAUGAGCGGCACGGCAAGCUUGCCACCGCCGGAUGCCGACCCUUCCAUGGUUGCGGAUGCGUUGGCUGAGCUUUCAGACGUUCCGAGGGGAAAGAAGCCGUUUAGAAUGUUUGUUGACCCAGUUGGGGAUGGUGGAGACGGCGCGGCGAUGGUGGUUGACAACAACAAGGUCAACUUUUAUCGCCGGAUGGGGAUAGAAAGGUUCUUGAAGGUCCAGUUGUGA